GUCAGGUGCCACCAGUGGUCGCUAGUGACCACUGCACGCGAGGCAGCAUGCGUUCUACGUUCACCUACUUGCAAGCGCCCAUUUGCACUCGCUCGGAGUAAGCGUUCGCUAGGCCUUUUCUCGUGCAUAGAAGCGUGCGUAGAGUACUGUGUCUUCCCACUCUGGGCCUCGAGCUUGCUCAUCCCGACCAUGGAGGAGAGCGACCAACAACAGCCGCAACUGCUGAGCGUCUGCAUGGAAGGCGAGCAGGAGAUGGUGAUCCAUGUGGAGAAUGCCAGAAGCUUACAGGGAACCACAUUAGUGCCUGUGCAGGUGAUCCCAGACGUGUCAGCGAUUCCCCGCAGUGGUGGUAUUGAGUGGAACAGCCGGGAGAGCAAGGUCCUUCUGGAGCACUACGUGCGCUAUGUCCCUCAAGUUGGCCCGGACAAGAAGUUCCGCAGCAAGAAGGACAUGUUCAAGCGCAUUGCCGAGCACAUUUUUGAAGAGACAGGCAAGCCACGCACGGGAGAGCAGUGCGAGAACCGGUACAAAACUAUCAUGCGCCGCAAGAGGCGCAAUGGAGAAGGGAGCACCACUGGACUCACCAGGGCCCGCAUUCUCCUGCAGAAGGCAGCUGCAGGAGAGGACAAGGAGGAGGAGGAGGAAGAGCACAUAAUGGAGGAAGAAGAACCAGAGAUUGAAGACGAGGAAGGUCAGUGCAAGAAGGAAGAGUCACAGCAGGAGGAGGCCGAGGACGACGAGCCAGAGCUGCUGGCAGAACUGGCUGCCAUGGGUGAUGACGAGCAGCGGAUGAUCCGACGAAGUUCGAGGAGGCGCAAGAAUGCUUCGACGAUCGACCAGCAGCUGCUGCUCGACCGGCUGCACGAACUGCACGAGCAGCGCGAACGAAGGCGGGACGAGCGGGAACGCCGCAGGGACCUCAGGCACGCCGAGCAGAUGAGCCUGCUCCGAAGGAUCCUCAGUGUGCUGGAGCGGCAACCGCUUACGGUGUCAUCGACCGCAAGACGAGUGUCUGCGACUCACCGGUGACAUCUGCCGUCCACCACCGUGUGCGUUGAAAAAUGUGCGAGUGCUGUAUUUACGUCUUGCUGAUGUUGUAGCUAUGAACUACAUCGAUGACAAAUGAACCUUAUCUCAUAGAAGCUUGAGUCUUUUCGUUGGUUGCUAAUAAGAACCAUGGCAAGUUUUCUGUGCUGAUUGUUUUUUGUGUUGCUAAAAUGUCUUGCUUCAUGGUUUAGCUUGACCUCUCACGUAGAAGUGUACAGCUGGCCUAGUAUGUGUUCCACAGUCUGAUGAAACACUGAGCUUAUAUUCACAUGCACCGAAAGGUCUGAAUUCUUACUGCGUUUUGCUGGCCUCAUGUGCUAGAUUAGCUGAAGCCACGUGCAUCAUACUCCUGAGUGGUCAGUGUUAUAACCAGCAUGGUUUAAUAUUCAAAACUGAAGUUAUUGUUUAUGACAAACUGAGUUUUGACGGCAGGUUUUAAUUAAUGUGAGGGCAGGCAGCUUUCUGUGGACACUAGUCGAUGUUCUCGUUUAAACAAGUUUCUCUUUUGAAGUUAUUUCUAGUCUAUUUGUUUGGCGCUUUGGACAUUGCAGAAAAGAAGGCAUACCUGUUUUGAGGCACAUUGAAGUCACCGGGAAAUAUUACUGUCAUUUUGUGUAUGAGUACUUUGAAGUGCUGCAUUGGUACUCACUCCAUUUGUUUCAAACCUUAUAAGGGCAAAAAGACUACUGUUGAUGUGUAUCAAGCAGCAUAGAAUGGUCAGCCUUUUGUUUUGCCUUCCUGCAACAGGCUGUGUUUGUGGCAUUGUAGAUAAAGUUCUGUACAUAACUA